AUGGCGGACCUUGCGGGCCUGCUGGGUCAGCGCAGCACCCCUGCACGCGAAAAUACACAACAAGGACACGAGUUUGCUGUGCCGGAUGAUGGGCGCUGGGCGCAAUCUUUGCGUGUGGCUGAAUCGUACAACGGCGGGAUGCCGUCCACCUUUGACCCUGCGUUUGUACAGACCAUGCCGAGUCGUGCCGCACCGCGUGUAUCGCUCGCCGUGAGCACCGAUCUGAAACGGUGGAAUUACAGGUACAUGUUUGAGAAAAAGGGCGAGCGAAGUCUUGGUACGUCGCCAAUACAACUCAUUGCAGAAUUGGACAACCGGCUCGACGAUAUGGGCGACGUACUCCGGCACGCCUUCGGCAUCACGAGCGAGCUCGAGGACCCGUCUAUUCCAUCCCAGGAAAUGAUUUAUGCAGUAGUCCGAAUCUGCGCGCGCGUAGAUCCUGCAGACAGUGCACAGCGCGACGCACCGACCGACGCGCCUCCUCCGACCGUGCCGCGACUCGGUGCACAGAAUAUGAUGCUCGAGGCCAGCCGCAUGGUAGGCAAUGGCCAGCGUAUUCCAUUAGCGCUUGACGCAGCCUGCACGGUACGCUAUGCAUGGACGGAUGCUGCGGUCCAAUCCACCAACGCAGUUGGCCUUUUUCCCGGUAUGAUUGUCGGUGUAAAAGGCCGCAACGGGAGCGGAAACCGCUUUGUGGCACAGGAACUGCUAAUUCCGCCUGCACUACCGCAUCCUGCAUCGUCCCGUGCUGAGCUGCUUUCACAUCAGUACGACGAAACAAAGUUGAACGGCGCAGCGUCGCGCAUUCUUGUGGGUGCAGGGCCGUUUACCGAGCCCGACAAUCUCCACUUUACACCGUGGCACAGCUUUGCGACGUAUGUUGAAAAUGUGCAGCCCGACGUACUGCUGCUUAUGGGCCCUUUUUUGAGCGCAUCGCAUCCUAUGGUGGCUGCAGGUACACUUGACGAAAUGCCAGCGACGCUGUUUCGACAGCAUAUUGCACGUCGCCUCACGCGCCUUGCUGAGCGAGUGCCUGCAACGACGCUCAUUCUUGUCCCGAGCACGGACGAUAUAUUUCAUCCUCACCACGCGUACCCACAGCCGUUCUUUGACAAGGCAGAACCCGCGCUUGGCCUACCGAAACGCGUGCGGUGCCUGCCGAAUCCCAGUGUGUUUUACAUCAAUGAAUUGGCCAUCGGUGUCACUACCGCCGAUGUGCUGGGGGAUUUGCGGCGCGAAGAGCUCAUGCAGAAAGUCGGUGCAGUGCACACGUCUACUGAUGGACAACAGCGUGCGCCAGAAUCGAGUGCAGAUGCGCGCGAUCCCAUGAUGCGGCUUGCUCGGCACGCGCUUGGUCAGCGCAGCUUUUACCCCCUCUUUCCACCGUCCUCCUUGUCCAAGCUCCCUCUGGAUUUGUCGCAUUCGCGCUUGUGUGCGCUCGAGCAAAUUACGCCAGAUCUGCUGCUGCUGCCAUCUACUCGAGUCAAACCGUUUAUCCGCGUCGUUGACUCGACGUUGGUUGUGAACCCUGGUCCAUUAGCUUCAUCAGCGCACGAUACGCCGCGCCCCAACAGCAACGGCUCGUUCGUGCGCAUUCAAGUAGCGCCGAUGGACCGCGCAGCACUUGACCAAGGCGCAGAAGAUACGGAGCUUAUUACGCACGACUUGUUUGGUCGUGCAAAGAUCGACCUGAUGCAGACAAUGUAG